AAAAACCAAACUUCCGGGUUCUAGCAUGCAAUGCGGCCCCCGACGGUCAGCUGGUUGGCACACAAGCACAGGCUGGUUUUCAGCACUGCCACGCGCACGGAAGGAUUGCACUCCAGAAAACCUGAACUUCUGGGUUCUGGCGCACAUGCGCAGCCGACAAUCAGCUGGCUGGCGUGCAUGUGCUGCUGAACGACAGCUGAUCAUUGCGUGCGCAUGCACACACAAAAAAAAAACGGAAGACAAACAGGCAAGGCCGUGCUUGCCAGCCAGCAUGGCUUCACAUGCCACUUUGGGAACGCAUGCCAUAGGCUCGCCAUCAUGGCCCUAGAGUAUAUAGCGGAAACAGGAAACAAUUUUUUGGAAGCUGCUUAAAUUAUCCGCUUGAGGGGUUUCAGUACACCUGGCUUAUUUAUUUUUUUCAUUUAUUUAUUUAAUCAAAUUUAUUUAAUCAAAUUUUUAUACCGCCCUAUCUCCCGAAGGACUCAGGGCGGUUUAGAGCCCAAUAAAAUACAAAUACCAUACAAGGUAAAAACAUUAAUUAAAAAACUUAUUUAAAUAGGCCAAAAUUUAAAAUUACAAUUAAAAUGUUAAAACCCCAUUACCUAAAAAUUAAUAACUAACCCCAGUUAAAAUUAAGUAAAACUUUUAAUCCAGUCCCGCUUGGAUAAAUAAAUGCGUUUUCAGCUCACGGCGAAAAGUCCGAAGAUCAGGCACUCGGCAUAAACCAGGGGGAAGUUCGUUCCAAAGCGCAGGAGCUCUAACAGAGAAGGCCCUUCCCCUGGGGGCCGCCAGCCGACAUUGUUUGGCGGACGGCACCCUGAGAAGACCUUCUCUGUGUGAGCGUACGGGUCGGUGGGAGGCAUGAGGUAACAGCAGGCGGUCCCGUAAGUACCCGGGCCCUAAGCCAUGGAGCGCUUUAAAGGUGAUAACCAAAAUCUUAAAGCGCACCCGAAAGACCACAGGAAGCCAGUGCAGACUGCGUAGUAGUGGUGUUACAUGGGAGCAACGAGUGGCUCCCGUUACUACUCGCGCAGCUGCAUUCUGGACUAGCUGCAGCCUCCAGGUGCACCUCAAGGGCAGCCCCAUGUAGAGAGCAUUGCAAUAAUCCAAACGAGAUGUAACCAGAGCGUGAGUGACCGUGCACUAUCAGAUGGUUAUUCAUUAAAUAAAUGACUCUUUGAAUCCGAGUUAAACUUAAGAUUGAAAACAACAAGUGUAGGUCUGGUGUUGUAAGCUGCCCAGAGUCGCUUAAAGUGAGAUGGGGGAAAUUUAAUAAAAAUAAAAAGUGCAAUUAGCUACGACGUCUAGCCACGACAGCUGCCUUACACCCAGUCCGGCUAAAACCUAGUUAACCGGACCGUCAUCUAAUGGGGAUGAUUGCUCUUUUUUUCCCAUUCUAACACUUUUCUUAAGUUCCACCCUUUUCCAGCUGCAGCGAGAAUUGCAAGUUGCCAUACUAAAGAAUUGCAGUUGCCAUACUAAAGGGUCGGUUCAACAUCAACCAGCCCGACCUUCCACAUCUGGCUGCCAGACGGAGGAGGAAAGAUCAGAACCUCUGGCCAAUGGCCAACUCCGGGGGACGGAGAGGAAUUGCGAAGCCCAAUCAACCCCCGCCUUGCCUUUGAUUUCCUCGCCUCUCCUUUACACCUGUCCGUCAGGUGACUUUGCGCACCGGUGGGCUUAAUUAAAGUGCAGCCACGCAGCUGUGGGGCAUUCUUGGCUGGCUCGUAGCGGAAAAAUUGCCCCGGACUUUGGAUUUUGUCCUUGACUCUUCUUCGCACGACACGAUGAAGCCUCUGGUUCUCCGUUUUCUGGCAGUUUCUUUGCUUUUAGUUGUCCUGCAAGACAGCGUCAGAAUGGAAGAAUGCAUCUUUAGAAAACUGGACAUGGAGGACAAAACAUUUUGUAGGGGGAGUCUAGAAGUUUUCUAUCCAGAAUUGGGAGAUGUUGGCUGUUCAUAUAUUCCAAAGUGCAAUGCCUAUCGUAAACGGAUCAGCAAGGAAUGGAUCAGCCCCGAAGUUAAAUAUCAGCAGGCGGAUAUGAAUAAGAAGUAUAUUCUCAUCAUGGUUGAUCCAGAUGCUCCUAGCAGAUCUAAUCCAAUAUAUCGCUUCUGGAGACAUUGGGCUGUGACUGACAUCAGCGGUGAUGAUUUGAUGACGGGGAACCUGAAAGGUCAUGUAUUAUCAGACUACAUCCGACCCACGCCACCACCCGAAAGUGGUUACCACCGCUACCAGUUCCUCCUCUACGAACAACCAGUUCGUGAAGUUGUAUCCUUGAAUUCAGACGAAACUGCAUCUUCCGGUUCCUGGAACAUGUACAACUUUGUGGAUCGGUUUCAUCUUGGAACACCUGUGGCUUCAACCCAGUUUAUCACUAAGGAUUACCAUGACUAGCAGUACCAGGAGAAGCAUCAAGAGUGCAACCACCAUUGCUCUCAAUGAUUUAGCUUGAUUUCUUCCCUAGGGAGCAGAAGAACGCUCCCAAUCAAAGUGAAUUUUUCUCUUCAUUCAACAAGCACGGGCUGGGUUUUUUUCUUUUUUCUUUUGCAUGAUCGAAUAGGCUUUAUAGGGCUGGCUUUGAUUUUAUUUUAGGAUUCCUUAAUGUUUUUUCAACUGGCAUUAGUACAACAACAUAGUUGUCCCUAGCAUUCCACCACUUAUAUCACAGAAAAUGUAACACAUUCACGGCAGAACCUCUAUGGCCUUAAAAGUUAAAUAUGUAUGCAUUCUCAUAUUAGCUUGGACAUAAAGUGACAAUAUAGCCACCAACCUAUAAUCAUUCCUUAAACACUGAAACAUGGCCCCUUACCAGCUCAGAUGUCUGCCGAAUGUUUCUUCUGUUAAAAUUCUAUCCAACUAUGAUUAGAUAUAUAGGGCAGGGGUCAGCAACCUUAAAACACUCAAAGAGCCAUUUGGACCUGUUUCCCACAGAAAAGAAAACACCGGGAGCCACAAAACCCUUUUGACGUCUAAAAUGAAGAUAACACUGCAUAUACCAUUUUUUUUUUUACCUUUAUCCUAUGUAUUAAAAAAAAAAUUAUUUAUCCGUGGUUGGCCUACUGAGGGUCGAAAAGAUCAAUAAAUUGUGUGCCGGCGGGUGUCGCACAUUGGCAGUUGUGACGCAUAUUUUGAGCGAGAGGGAGCCGCAGCGGAGGGACGAUGGAGCCACACGCGGCUUCAGAGCUGCAGGUUGCUGACUCUAUAUCCCAGCCUUUUGUUUUAGCUAUCUAAUUGACAUCAAAUUACCUUCUUAAACUCUUUUAUGGCACUUCCAUUCAUGAUUUCCUUUCCCAGGCUACAUAUUCGUCGCAAAAACGACAUCCAUGUUUCCCCCUUGAAUUACUAUCUGCCAUUUACUGCAGCAUUCAAU